GUUUUAAUGUGGGUAUGAGGAUUUUUGAAGACCCUUUUGAGUUUCAGUUCAAAAUGUUUUACAUUUGAUUUGUGUUCUUGCUUUGUUGUCUGUUGAAGAUUUUGAUAUCAAAUGAAUUUGCUUAUUAUUUGUCUUCGCGGCUGGCAGCAUGAGUUAUCCUGGGCUAUGUCGCUCGGACUCUCCAAAAAUGAUGCCGCACCCGUGUCGGAUCCUUCAAAAAUGCACUACUUUUGGAGGAUCCGACAUGCAUCCGUGUCCAUUUUUAAAGAGUCCGAGUAACAUAGAUCCUGGGUCUGUGUUUUCGUUGAGUGUUCUGAUACAGUUGUGAAGAAUUUUUAGGACCCAUUUGAGUUUCAGUUCAGAAUUUUGACAUUCGGUUUGUGCUCUUGCUUGAUUGUUGAUUUGAUGUCAAAUGAUUGAAUUGACUUAUUAUUUGUCUUAGCAGCUGGUAUCAUUAGUUAUCCUGUGUUUGCGUUUUCGUUGAGUGUUCUGAUAUGUAUGUGAGAAUUUUUGGAGAACCUUUUUGAGUUUCAGCUCAAAAUUUUGACAUUUGAUUUGUGUUCUUGCUUGAUUGUAGAUUUUGAUAUCAAUGAAUUAGCUUAUUUUGUCUUAGUGGUUGGUAUUAUAAGAUUUGUGGAAGCAUAAUUUAGAUAAGGUUACUGCUUGAGCUGGUGUAUUUGAAAUUCCUUAUAUGAAAUGGCUUGCAUUGAGCGUUUUCAUUUAGGUAUGAGAAAUUUUGAAGACCCUUUCAGUUCAGAAUAUUUGUCAUUGAUUUGUGUUCUUGCUCGAUUGUAGAUUUUGAUAUCAACACAAUUGAAUUUGCUUAUUAUUUGUCGUAGCGGCUGGUAUUAUCAGAUUUGUGGAAGCAUGAUUUAGAUGAAGUAGCUAUUCCAGCUUCUGUAAAGAACUUUUACUAAAAAGAUUGUCUUGGAGCCCCCAGGGCUUUGAUCUCCUGGUAAGAUAACAGCUUGUGAUGUGUGGAUUAGGCGCACGUCACGAGUUCGAACCUUGCUGCGAACAAAAGCCUGGUAUUUAAGUAAUUUAGAGGGGCGGACCCAUUAUCCACCAAACUUCAAACUGUGCGACAUAGUCUCUCGGGGAUUUAUUGGUUAUAAACAAGAUGGUCUUGGAUUUGCGAUUCUUUGACUGUCUUGUUACAGGUUUAGAAAUCAGAAGUCACAAGAUGGUCAGAGCAUAUUCACAAGAGCACACGUAUAAACACCCAUGGGAACGAGUCACUUCAGCAUCGUGGCGUAAGUUUGCUGAUCCCGAGAACAAGCGCACUCUGUCACAUAUUCUUGAGGUUGACACAUUGAACCACAAGCUCGAUGCCAGCUCAGGGAAGCUUUAUACUACUCGUGCCAUAACUAUCCAUGCACCAGGACCAUGGUUCAUCCGUAAAAUCAUUGGUCAAGACAUCUGCCAUUGUGUAGAAUCAACAGUUGUUGAUGCCCAUUCUCGGUCCAUGCAACUUUCCACUCGAAACAUUAGUCUCGAGAAGUACAUAGAAGUGGAGGAGAAAAUUAGAUAUGACCCUCAUCCAGAUAAUCCAAAUUUAUGGACCGUCUGCAAGCAGGAAACGAGUAUUAGGAUUAAGCCCUUGUCAGCACUGGCUUCAAUGGCGGAGAAAAUAGAGCAGAAGUGUGUGGACAAGUUUCAGGCAAACAGUGCCAAGGGAAGAGAAGUAAUGGAACGGAUGUGCAAGUACCUUGAAGCUGAAUCUUCCAGAGGCAUUUCAGCAUGAUUUAGCAAUCUAACUUUACAUUAGGUUUCAUUAGCGCUUGUAUCCGACCCCUCCUUUGAAGGUGAGCAGUGGGUUUUCGAUGAACACUUCUGGCUAUGAGUCAAAUGUAUGAGAGAAGUGAUGUUUUUCAUGGAUCCUACUGAACUUUUUGUAAGCUGUAAUAGACGCAAUAGCCUGAGUUUUCCUGAAUUUGCAUUA